AUGCCACCCAGGCGCUCUCAUUCAAAACAGCUUAAUAUGAAUAAUUUAAAAGCACGCAUUUAUAAUGAAAAUAAAAAAAAACAACUCAGUGAUGCAUAUAAAGAACAUAGAAAACAAGUUCGUGAGUAUAUGAAAAGGAAUGACCAAGUAUCCGAAUUAGAAAGUGUUAAACCGGAAAUAAGAGAUCAAGUAUCCGAAUUGAAAAGCGUUAAAACGGAAAUAGGAAAUCAAGCAUCCGAAUUGAAAAGCGUUAAAACGGAAAUAGGUGAUCAAGUGUUCGAAUUGGAAAAUAUUAAAGUGGAAAUGGGUGAUCAAGCGUUCGAAUUGGAAAGUAUUAAAGUGGAAAUGGGUGAUCAAGCAUCCGAAUUGAAAAGCGUUAAACCGAAAAUAAGGACUAAACAUUGGAAAGUACUAAAAUGGAAAACACCUGAAUUGGAAUAA